CUUGCAAGUGGCCACGCAUUGUCUAUAUAUAAACUACUCGACGUUUCAAAGCGUUCAGGUUUUCGAAAUUAGGGUUUGAUAUCCAGAUUUGAGAGGGCAAAAUCAAUUUCUUCAUCAGCGAAGAAGGAAAUUUAGGCUACAAGGGGGAUUAACGAUCCCACCAUGUCGUAUCUACUACCCCAUCUUCACUCAGGCUGGGCCGUAGAUCAGGCCAUCCUGGCUGAAGAAGAGCGUCUCGUCGUCAUUCGAUUCGGCCACGACUGGGACGAGACUUGCAUGCAGAUGGAUGAGGUGCUUGCUUCUGUUGCUGAAACGAUAAAGAACUUUGCUGUGAUUUAUCUUGUAGACAUAACAGAAGUGCCUGAUUUUAACACAAUGUAUGAGCUGUAUGAUCCAUCAACUGUCAUGUUCUUUUUCAGAAACAAGCACAUUAUGAUUGAUCUUGGCACUGGUAAUAACAACAAGAUCAACUGGGCUCUGAAGGACAAACAGGAGUUCAUAGACAUUAUUGAGACCGUAUACCGUGGGGCAAGGAAAGGUCGUGGUCUGGUGAUUGCUCCAAAAGAUUACUCUACUAAGUACCGCUACUGAAUAUUCUUGCAAUCUGUAGCUGAUCAUGAAUAUCUAUGGUUAACGUUUGUGAAUUCGAUGUGGACUAUUUCAUUAUAAAGUAUGUAUGUAGAUGGUGUUUCGAUUUGCAAUGAUUGCAUGGGCACCGAGGAUACUCGGUCACAGACCUCGGAGUAAAAUUUGAGAUAAAAGUUGAAAACAAUGAAACAUAUAUUUUAUGUGCUA